AUGGGCAUGAGCGUGGACAGCUUCUACGCCGCCCUCAAGCGCGUCGCAGGGGAGACAGCGCAGCCGACGGGCAUCGCGCUGGUGGACAAGGCGCAGGCAGCGGCCAACGCGAUCAAGGUGUCGCAGGCCCUGGACGCGAUCGCCAAGAUGCUGGACACCCCUGGGGGCGCCAAGGGCCAGGACACGCUGUCAAACCUGUCGGUGCUGCUCACACUCUCCAGGAGUGAGAAGCAGGGCUUUGAUGCUUCCAAGCUGGGCAUGAGCCAGUCAGAGGCAUCUGACCUGGCCCUCAAGUUUGCAACUUACGACAUCAACGACGACAGCAGGCUGGACGCGUCCGAGGUUCGGUCAAUGGCCGGGCAGCUGGGCAUUGAUCUGUCCCCAGAGGAGGCCAACGCGGCGCUCAAGGCCAUGGACCGCAACAGCGACGGCCUCAUCGAGUUCUCAGAGUGGGCAGAAUGGUACGCCGCCCGCAAAGGCAAGGUGCCCGCCUGA